GACCGGGGAGCAGGGAGGCUGGCGAUUGGCUGAGGCGCGGCCUGGUUGCUAUGCGGAUUGCAGGCUGGAGCCAGCAGCGGUCGCCGUGCUUUAAUUUCAAAUCGGUCCUGUUCAGGGUGGUCGGGGGCUGCGCGGCGGGAUGAAGUUCGUUCGGUUCCUCAUGAAGAACUCGGCCCUGUCCAACGUGCCCAAGCAGAUCGACCAUUUCUCCAAGUUCUCCCCCUCGCCGUUGUCCAUUAAGCAGUUCUUGGACUUCGGCUCAACAAAUGCCUGUGAGAAGACAUCCUUUAUGUUUCUGAGGCAAGAGCUGCCUGUGAGACUGUCUAAUAUUAUGAAGGAAAUCAACCUUCUCCCAGACCGGCUACUUGGCACACCUUCCGUUCAGUUAGUUCAAAGCUGGUAUGUCCAAAGUCUCUUGGAUAUUCUUGAGUUUUAUAAUCGGAACCCUGACGAUCACAGUGUUUUAUCAGGUUUCACAGAUGCAUUAAUCACAAUCAGGAAUAGGCACAAUGAAGUUGUUCCGACUAUGGCCCAAGGUGUGAUUGAGUACAAAGAAUCAUUUUGUGAAGACAGCAUCACCAGUCAGAAUGUGCAGUACUUUCUGGAUCGAUUCUACAUGAGCCGUAUUUCUAUUCGAAUGCUCAUCAAUCAACAUACAUUAAUUUUUGAUGGCACAACAAAUCCAGCUCACCCAAAGCAUAUAGGCAGUAUUGAUCCUGACUGUGAAGUUGUUGGUGUUGUUAGAGAUGCAUAUGAAACUGCCAAACUGCUUUGUGACCAAUUUUAUAUGGACUCUCCGACACUGGAAGUGGACCAACAUAAUGCUGUGAGUGCUUCAGGACCAGUCCACAUUGUUUAUGUGCCAUCACAUCUCUACCACAUGCUGUUUGAACUUUUCAAGAAUGCCAUGAGAGCUACUGUGGAAAUCACGAAAUCUAGUCCUCGUCUUCCGCCCAUUAAAGUAAGAAUUUCACUGGGUGGAGAAGAUGUCACAAUUAAGAUGAGUGACAAAGGUGGUGGUGUCCCCUUGAGUAAGAUAGACCGAUUGUAGUACAUGUACAGCACAGCUCCUACGCCACACUUGGGAAGUUCUGGAGGAGCACCACUGGCUGGUUUGCUAUGGGCUCCCUAUUUCAAGACUUUAUGCAAGUACUUUCAAGGGGACCUUCAACUCUAUUCUAUGGAGGGUUAUGGAACAGAUGCAGUCAUUUACCUAAAGGCUCUAACAAAAGACUCAGUAGAAAGGCUACCAGUAUAUAACAAAUCUGCCUGGCGACACUACCAACAUAAUCAUGAGGCUGACGAUUGGUGUAUACCUAGUAGUGAUCCAAAGAACUUGGCUGUACACAAGAUCCAGCAUUGAUGCACAAAGCCACCAGUUCAGUGAUCUGAAAAAGAAUAAUGUAGUUCUAUGCCCAUUUGACAUGACAGUCAAGCCACAGAAUGUGAUUUUUAGACACAGCAUGGUUCUUUCAGUAGAAUAGAGGGGAUUUUUGAAGUAUGAUAUCCUUAAGUGAUCAACUUUGAGUUGACACUGUCCCUUUUUUCAUAGAAUGUUGCGACCCGUGUUGAGAGACUGCUUAUGUAGGAAGAGGGGAGAAAGUUGGCACAAUAAACAAUGCAUUCCAAGAUUAACAAACCCAAUUGCAAGGACUUCUGGUGCCAUUAAAAAUCUGGAUUAAUAAAUAAGGAAUGUGGUCAUCUUAACAGUAUUGCAGGAGAGACUGAACUUCCACUUAAAAACCACAGUCACAUUUCAGAUUCUUGUUCUAAUACGCAUUACAAAAAAGAAAAAUCAUAUUUCAAUCAUCAUGUUUUAUGAUACAAGUUCUCUAUAUGCUAUUGGUCUAAAUGACAUUUCACAGGCCAGUAAAAAUAGCUUUACCAUAUUAAGUUCUAUAUACGAUUGCAUUAUUAAAGUCAACUUUUUUUUAUUGUGUUGUAUGGAUUGUUGGUUCUGAAGCAUGAUCUUCAAAGGCUCUUGGCCUACAUUGAGAUGAGUUAGGAAUAGAUUCUGAAGCAUAGGAACAAGUUUAUGACAUUCAGUCUGUCAAACUCGCUCUAUUGUUUCUGUUAACAAUACCAACAUAUUCAUUCUAAUUUAUUUCUUUCAUGUCUUUUUAAUUUUACAUAAAUACUCAUGCAGCAAUGACACUUUGGCACAUGAUUCUCUGUCCUUCCAAUUUCUUUUGUUUUGGGGGGGAGGGGUGGAUUUACUUAGCUUUUCGUUACAUUAUUACACUUCCAUGCUGUGCAUUCUCCAGCAAGAAGACACCAUCUUCCUUGUCAAUUUCCUCCUCCAUUUUGUUUUAAAGAGAUGUCAGUUGAAUGGCCUCAGCUGCCUUUCCCGGAAAUACUACCAGUGUUUAUUCUGCUUCCAGUACUGCCCCCACAUCUCUCCAUCGAUAGGCUAGAUCUAACGUGUUUAUUUCCAAAACCAGGCAAUCUUAACAUGGGGAAAACCAAAAAGAAUAUUCAUUAUAAUUAAAGUAGUAACUGCCUGCUUUUAUAUUCUGUCGUUUUAUCAAGAAGAUUCCCCCCACCCCCCUUCCCUACCUCCCCUCUCCCACCACUCUAUUUCCACCUGCUGGGCAGGGAUUUAUGUUCUGGGUUAUGCAUCUGCAAGAAAGAUCACUUAACACAAUUGCAUUAAACAUGACAGUUUUCUAUUUAUCUAUUUACCUGCUGUCUGGAAACCUUCUCUUUCUCGGCAUAGUGUUAGUUGCAAACUUCUCUAUCCUAUAUUCAAAUUAUUUUUAAUAUAUUAGUAAAGUGCUACAUGUUUAUUUUUGUUUGUAUAUUAAUUCUGUAUGCACCUGUACAUGUCCUUUAUAUAGAAUGUGCCAAAGAUCACAUUGGUGUGGAAAGUGAAUCAUUGACCCUUCAAAUUUUGAAAAGCAUUUGCUGAGAGUGUUUUUGUUAAUCUAUCUUCUAAACUUUAAAUGGUUAAGCAUCAAGCUUGUUUGUGUCUCUUUUAUAAACAAACUUUGACUUUGUAAUACAUGAGCACUAAACAUUGUAUGAUUAGAUGUGGUUCUGAAUUCACAGUACUUUUGUCUAUCUGUGUACAUCGACAUUGUAAAUGGACUUGAAAGCAGAAUUAUGCUCAACAUGAUAAAAUAAGAAGAACAAUUGUUUUAACUUCUAUUAAAUCUUAAGAUUGGUCAAAUAUGGUUCAAAAAUGCACUAUCAAAAAUCAAUUUUUAAAUAAAAUGGAUAAUUUUAAA